GCUGUGAACGGCUGGAAGAUCACCGGAACACCGACAAUGAUGAAUGGUGUGGCGCGAGGUAUAGUUCAAAAUAGAAUCAGGGCGCCGCAGAGCAUGAGGAUGCGAUGAGCGUGAAGGAUGGGGGGGCACGCAAAGCUAUAGCACACUAGAUCUAGUCUGCGUAUCAUCUCUAUAAGAGGGUGGCAAGUCCCGCUGAGAGCAGAUUGCCGCGGAUGGGAGGGUUGACAGCCGCCUGCAAGUUGAUACAGCGGCGGUGCCAAUUAAGGGGAGGCUCCGCUAUUGUGAAUGUGGUCAGCGUCCUCCUUCUGGUCCUCUUCAUCUCCACCAGUUUCCAGUCCCCCUUCACCAGACAAUCGCAGCCAACAAAACACAGCACCAGGCGGACGCUCCGAGGAGCAGCACAUGGGGCGUUUGGAGCGGCGGAGGAGGAAUUCAAAGUCGUAGAUGCAUCCGAGAAGUCCUUCUUCGAGCCAUGGAUCAAGCAGGAUUUUGCUCAGUGGGAGAAGACGGGCAUAAAAAUGAGCGCUGUCACUGAGAUGGCCCUGCGAUACCGCGAGUGCUUUGGGGAGGUUUUCCGUUUCCAGAUCAUCAAUGGCACACUUUGGGUGGAUCACAUCUCAGAACGACACAGUGGUUGGUACCCAUCUCGAAUGGGAGCAGGGAGCCUUUCAGCAAAGGGCAAAAUUCCUUAUGCAAUCUUAGCUUUGAUGGACACGCUGCGUCAUCACCCAGGGCAGAUACCGGACAUAGAUGCGGUUAUUCAGACGUCGGACUUUCCUUGCAUGUUGCGGCAGCAGCCGGGGAACACCCCACCCCCACCUGUGUUUGGCUACAACAGCCAUGCCCGCUUUGUGGACAUCCCCUUCCCAGAUUACACCUACUGGGGCCAUGAGUACCACAGGCUUGUAGAUGAGGAUGGGCUUCUGCUGUUUGGAUGGGAGAAGCAAUUCAAGCUGCUGUCGGAGAAAUGGAGAGAAAAAGAGAUUGCAAGCCGAAAGCCCCAGGUCAUUUGGCGCGGCAGGACAGAGGACAAAGAGUAUCCAAAAAGGGAUGAGCUCAGGAGGCAGUUUGCCCGUUGUGGAGACGAGCUGCGUAGGGAGGGAUUUGAGGAGGAAGCAGAGCUGUUCAGCCUUAGAAAGCCAGAAGUGCAGCUGCAUGACCUUGGCAACUACAGGUACCUCAUGUACAUUGAGUCGGACGCCUGGGUCACCAAUCUGAAGCAGAAGCUGGCAUGUGGGUCAGUGCUGAUGAGCAAUCAGAUGGAAUUCUUUGAGUUCUUCACGCGGGCCUUGCAACCAGGCGUGCACUUUGUCGAAGUGGACUCUAAGGAUCUUUGCCAUGACGCCACCCUGAAGGUCCAAGGCAUGAAUGCCGCCAUAGAAAAGGGCAGCCAGGAGGAGUCAAUGCAGGAGAAGGAUGCAGAGAGCAGGAGAUUUCUGAAGGAGACCGCCCAAAACUACACAGGUGCACCCUGGGAGAUUGGGCAGGCCGGACAAGAGUUUCUCGCGCAGCAUGUACAGAUGAAGGACGUGCGGCUGUACAUUCGGGAUGCACUGCGCAAGUAUGCGUCCUUGCAGAAGUUUCUUCCCCACACCUCAUGGAAUGCAGAGUGCUACACUGGAGAGAUGCUGCUCGAGCAGUUUGGGUUCCCCUACGCCUAUGAUAAGCAGGUUGUGAAGCAGGCAUAUCCAUGGCUAGAGAACUAUGGCAAGAGCGAGUGCGAGGGGAAGUUGUCGCGGAAACAAGUCGAGAAGGAUGACCUCUAUCAAGCAUAAGGUUUGCCGCCUGGAGGUUUUAGGAGUUCCACUUUGCAUGCGUUCUCUUGCCAUAUUGGGCUGGGCGCAUCCACGCGAGCUGUCAUGAACAGUUUGCGAUAUAUCAAAAGUAAUACAGAAUUGGAGUCCUAGUUUCACACAGAUUGUCAGCAACUCAGUCUGUCUCUGGAGGUGGAAAGGUUCCAAUUUGCAUUCAAAGACCCCUACAUGCCUGUAUUGGGCCAUGGAGUGCUCUGAUGCAAGCACGGGCGGUCCUGCCAUGGGCAAGGUGUGUGGACAGGAUUUAGGUCAAGAGGGCUUGUUGAUGCGCAUCAUCAUCCUGUGGCUUUCCCUUCUUUGGUAUGCGUGGACAAUGCGCUAGGAAGGCUUUGCUUGUCUGCGUCAAUUGCUCAGUAACAUCAUUCUUUUGCCCAGAUCAGCAGGCCAUAUCGAUGUGGCCGUGCACAUGCAACAGAUCUGGGAAUAGUCAAGUGAGUUCUUUCUCAAAAAGACACGAGUUUUCUGUAUCAGAAUGAAUCAAUGAAUGAUCUAUGUGCUUCGCACACGCUGCCUGGGUUGCAUUCAAAGCUGCUUGCCCUUCUUUGAUACUGACAACCCAGGAGUUAUUCCUGUAACAGGCUGAUUUCUUGAC